GGUGUCGCUGGCCGAGGGCCGGGAGAAGGAGGACUUCCUGUACAUGCCGCUCCCUCCCAAUGUGGAGCUGGUCACCAUGAACGAAACCGACCCCAAGAGCAUCAUCACGCGCAUCUGUGACCUCAUGACCAAGCACUGGCUGCAGGGCGUGGUGUUCGGGGACGACACCGAUCAGGAGGCCAUCGCCCAGAUCCUGGACUUCAUCUCGGCCCAAACGCACAUCCCCAUCCUGGGCAUCCGAGGAGGGUCCUCCAUGGUCAUGGCUGCCAAGGAUGAUCACUCAAUGUUCUUCCAGUUUGGCCCCUCCAUUGAGCAACAGGCCUCAGUGAUGUUGAACAUCAUGGAGGAGUAUGACUGGUACAUAUUUUCCAUCGUCACCACCUACUACCCCGGUUAUCAGGACUUUGUCAACAAGAUCCGCAGCACCAUAGAGAACAGCUUUGUGGGCUGGGAGCUGGAGGAGGUGCUGCUGCUGGACAUGUCGCUGGAUGACGGCGACUCCAAGAUCCAGAACCAGAUGAAGAAGCUGCAGAGCCCCGUCAUGAUGCUGUACUGCACCAAGGAGGAGGCCACCACCAUCUUCCAGGUGGCCCACUCUGUGGGGCUCACCGGCUACGGCUACACCUGGAUCAUCCCCUCGCUGGCGGCCGGAGACGCUGACAACGUGCCUGCGGAGUUUCCCACAGGUCUCAUCUCUGUGUCAUAUGAUGAGUGGGAUUAUGGCCUGGAGGCUCGAGUUCGUGACGCGGUGGCUGUCAUCGCCAUGGCAACCUCCACCAUGAUGCUGGACCGUGGGCCACACACCCUUUUGAAGUCCGAAUGCCACGGAGCCCCCGACAAGAAAGGGCCGAGCGCCGGGAACCCAAACGAAGUGCUCAGGUAUCUGAUGAAUGUUACCUUUGAGGGACGUAACCUGUCAUUCAGUGAGGAUGGCUAUCAGAUGCACCCUAAACUAGUCAUCAUCCUGCUGGACAAGGAAAGGCAAUGGGACAGGGUGGGGAAAUGGGAGAACGGCAGUCUCUCCAUGAAGUACCACGUGUGGCCUCGUUUUGAGCUUUACUCGGACACGGAGAACCGCGAGGACGACCACCUGUCCAUCGUCACGCUGGAGGAGGCGCCCUUCGUCAUCGUGGAGGACGUGGACCCGUUGAGUGGCACCUGCAUGAGGAACACGGUGCCCUGCAGGAAGCAACUGAAAAACCUCAAUCAGACAGAUGGUGGCAUCUACAUCAAGCGCUGCUGCAAGGGCUUCUGCAUCGACAUCCUGAAGAAGAUCGCCAAGUCCGUCAAGUUCACCUACGACCUCUACCUGGUCACCAACGGCAAACACGGCAAGAAGAUCAACGGCACCUGGAACGGCAUGGUGGGAGAGGUGGUGCUGAAGAAUGCCCACAUGGCAGUGGGCUCCCUCACUAUCAAUGAGGAGAGGUCGGAGGUCAUAGAUUUUUCCGUGCCCUUCAUUGAAACGGGCAUCAGUGUCAUGGUUUCCCGUAGCAACGGCACCGUCUCUCCGUCUGCCUUCCUGGAGCCGUUCAGCGCGGAUGUGUGGGUGAUGAUGUUCGUGAUGCUGCUGAUAGUGUCAGCGGUGGCCGUCUUCGUGUUCGAGUAUUUCAGCCCGGUUGGGUACAAUCGAUGUCUGGCAGAUGGGAGAGAGCCCGGGGGCCCCUCCUUCACCAUCGGAAAGGCCAUCUGGCUGCUCUGGGGCCUGGUGUUCAACAACUCCGUCCCCGUGCAGAACCCCAAAGGCACCACCAGUAAGAUCAUGGUGUCCGUCUGGGCCUUCUUCGCUGUCAUCUUCCUGGCCAGUUACACUGCCAACCUGGCCGCCUUCAUGAUCCAGGAGGAGUACGUGGACCAGGUCUCUGGGCUGAGUGACAAAAAGUUCCAGAGGCCAAAUGACUUCUCCCCGCCUUUCCGAUUUGGGACGGUGCCCAACGGAAGCACGGAGAGGAACAUCCGGAACAACUAUAAGGAGAUGCACAGCUACAUGGUGAAGUUCCACCAGAAGAAUGUGAACGAAGCGCUGGUCAGCCUGAAGUCUGGUAAGCUGGAUGCCUUUAUCUAUGACGCGGCCGUGCUCAACUACAUGGCCGGGAGAGACGAGGGCUGUAAGCUGGUGACCAUCGGCAGCGGAAAGGUCUUCGCCACCACUGGCUACGGCAUCGCCAUACAGAAGGACUCCGGGUGGAAGAGACAGGUGGACCUGGCCAUCCUUCAGCUCUUCGGCGAUGGUGAGAUGGAGGAGCUGGAGGCCCUGUGGCUAACAGGGAUUUGUCACAACGAGAAGAACGAGGUGAUGAGCAGUCAGCUGGACGUGGACAACAUGGCGGGCGUGUUCUACAUGCUGGGGGCGGCCAUGGCACUGUCCCUCAUCACCUUCAUCGCCGAGCACCUCUUCUACUGGCAGCUGCGCUUCUGCUUCAUGGGGGUCUGCUCCGGCAAGCCGGGCUUCACCUACUCCAUCAGCAGGGGUAUCUACAGCUGCAUCCACGGGGUCCAGAUUGAAGAGGCCAAAUCGCCGCUUAACUCUCCCUCUGCUACCAUGAACAACACUCAUUCCAACAUCCUGCGGCUGCUCCGCACUGCCAAGAACAUGACCUCCCUCUCGGGGGUGAACGGCUCCCCGCACAGCGCCCUGGACUUCAUCCACCGUGAAUCAUCCGUCUACGACAUCUCCGAGCACCGCCGCAGCCUGGCCGGCCACUCGGACUGCAAGCCCCCGUUCAUGCCCGAGGACAACAUGUUCAGCGACUACAUCAGCGAGGUGGAGAGGACUUUCGGCAAUUUGCACCUGAAGGACAGCAACUUGUACCAGGACCACUACCUGCACCAUCACCCGAGCUCAGGGCCCGGCCUGGGACUGAGUUUGUCUGGCCCCACAACCAACAGACCUCACAGUUUGGGGAGUGCCAGUUCGUUGGAGGGGGGGAUGUAUGAUUGCGACAGUCUAGGAGGGGGGGUGGCCCCAAUAUUCACCACACAGCCCCGUGCCUCUCUGACUCACAGGAACAACAAUAAAUUUGACUUGAUAGCAGGUCAAACCCCAGCCCCUGGUCCAGGGUUCAAACAAGGUCUGACCGACCUGUAUGGGAAGUUCUCCUUCAAAGGUGGAGCGUCCAGCUCGGGGUUCAUCGCUGGGCAUGACAGGUACUGCGGCGGAGUGGGCGGAGGGAUAGACGACGGGAACAUGUCCGACAUCUCCACCCACACGGUCACCUACGGCAACCUGGAAGGGAACGCCAAGAAGCGCAAGCAGUACAGGGACAGCCUGAAGAAGAGGCCCGCCUCGGCUAAAUCGAGACGCGAGCUAGACGAAAUUGAACUGGGGUAUCGGAGACGACCCCACCACUCAGCCCACCACCAUUACCACGGCACCCACUCGCGCCGCUCAACCUCUCCGCCCCUCUUACCCCUAGCUCCGGAGCGGAAGUCUCAGAGAGGGGGAGGGGGCGGGGGAGGGCUUUUCCGUGACAAAGACAGCUUGAGGGAUUUCUACCUAGACCAGUUUCGCCCCAAGGAAGGCAUACCUCAGUGGGAACACGUGGACUUGACGGAUGGACCUGUUGGGGGAGUGGGAGGGGUCGGUGGGGGAGGCGCGGCUAACAGCAGUGGAGUUGGUGGAGGUGUAGGUAAUUGCACUAGUUUGGUUGCAGUGGAGGAUUUCUUAAAGGGCAAACCCAAGAUGAACGAGUGUAUGAGUGGAGGGGGAGGGGGUGUUGGAGUUGGGCCGGCUGCAUCGGGGCCACAGACGCAAACGUGCUGGGAGAAGAAUGUGACGGGGGUCGGGGGUGGCGGGUUGACUGGGGGUGAUUGGGAAUGUCGAAACUGCCGCAGUGGAGGUGGGGUUACCAAACAGAUGUCUCUGCACGGGAGUAGCGUUGGCGGAGGAGGUGGUGGAGGAUAUCCUGGAGGGGGGAUAGGGGGUGGUUGCACAGCUGCAGGAGCAGGGGGGAAUAGUACGGUCACUGGGCGUCCAAGUUCUGCCACCUGUGCACGCUGUGAUGCGUGCAAGAAAACGGGUAACUUGUAUGACAUCAGUGAGGAUAAUCACCCUCUUUUGGAUCAACUGGGGGGUAAGUACGGGGAAGGGGGAAAGAGCGGGUUGAUAGGGGGCAUGGGAGGCGUUCAGACGCAAACGCAAGCUCUGCGGAGGAAACCAGGUUUAGGCGGCAAGCAAUUACGACGGCAGCAUUCCUAUGACACGUUUGUAGACCUGCAGAAAGAGGAGGCGGGCGGGUUAGGGGGAGGUAUGGGUGGGUUUGGGGGUGGAGUAGGGGGAGGUGGUAUGGGAGGGAUGCUUCCCCCGCCUCGAAGCGUGAGCUUGAAAGACAAAGACCGUUUUAUGGAGGGAGUGAGCCCGUACGCCCACAUAUUCGAGCGCCAUGCCUCAUCAGAGAGGGAGAGAGAACGAGACCGAGAUCCACUCUUUUUUGCAGGGGAGCGAGGAAAGGGAGGCUCAUCUUUUGGGCUGUUCCGGGGAGGUGAAAGCGGGCUGCAUCGUCGGUCGGUGGGGGAAAGAGAUACGAGGGAUAGAGACAGAGGGAUGGCAGGGGGUGGGGGUGUAGGGACGUAUUCCCUGUCUAAAUCUCUCUACCCAGAUAAAGUGAACCAAAACCCCUUCAUCCCAACCUUUGGUGACGACCAGUGUCUGUUGCAUGGUGCCAAGUCGUACUACAUCAAAAAGCAGCAGCAGCAGCAGCAGCAGCAGCAGCAGCAGACACCGCUCCUAAAAAACAGCCGAAGUGACUUCAGAAAUUCCAUGGGCGUGACGUCUUUCCUACCUGCAUCCGCCACGGCAGGGGUGAUGUCUAACAUGGCUCCCAGGAGCUUCUCCAAGGAGCUGAGCCUGGGUGGAAUGACAGGACCGAUGGGGAACCAUCACGGGGGCCCCAAUAAUAACAAGCUGCUGUCAUCAAGGGACGGAUUAGGAGCCGGCCAAACGCAGAGACCAUUCAAUGGCUCCAGCAACGGGCACGUGUACGAGAAACUGUCGAGCAUAGAGUCCGACGUGUAAGAGAGGGGAGAGAGGAGACUGGGAUGCAGGGACUGGAGUGAGAGGAUGUAAGAAGGACGCUUCCUACAUUGUGGCAAUUUAUUUACGAGAGAGCGGAGAAUACAACUGCACAUUCCAGUUUAACAGGAAGGGCAAGGUGGGAGAGAAGAGUAUGUCCCCCAACAAUGAGAGAGACAGGGGGCACCAGCCCCCACUCUGAAUCAAGAGAAUAGGGGUGUAAUGAGUGAAGGACAUAUAAAUAUAGAUUGUUGAGUGAGUUAUGAGACUAGAGGAAGUAAAUGCAAUGUAAGCAACGUUCAGGGGCAAAGGAAGAUAACAAAAAGAAAGAGGAAGCCAGGAUGAGAAAAAGAAAAGCCUGCAGAUUCAUCUGUGACUCUCUGUCUCUUUUCCUCUCUUCCACCGUACCCUUACGCCAAAUUAAGUGCUUGUUUGAUCCUGGUUUGCUAUGAAAAUACAAUCAUGAAUGAAAAUAAAAUGCUAACUUGUAUAACAGGGUAAAAUAAUAACAAUAAUAAUGUUGUUAAUAAUAGUAUCGAUUAUGAUGAUGUUUAUGAUAUUUAGUUUGGCUUUGUUUUUUAAAUAUUUUAUGCUGUUGAAUAUUUGUAAUUAAUUAUUUGUUAGCUGACUAUGUAGAAGGAAGCUCAUUACGUAAUGAAACUAAUGUGCUGGAAGAAACAGAUGGUAAUUUGAUUUCCUGACUGUUUUUUAUGAUUGAUUAUCUGUGUUCUAACUAUCCAUGUCCAUGCAUUUAUUUGCUGUUUUGGAGUGUUGUAAAUGGUGAAAGACAUGAUUUGCACAGUGUCAAACUGUACAGAAAAUACAGUGUAAUGUCUUAUUGCAUUUCAAAAGAUAUACAGUAUCUAAAACUGUUCUGGUUUACAGUUGUCAAUAGGUAAGACGGAAAAAAGUACAAGAGUGGGCUGAAGAUAUUGUGUAGGAUGUGCCUUACUGGAUUCCAAAAGCUGUGUUUCACUGGGCCAGAUAUAUCACACUGAGAGAUGACACGAUUUGUCAUGACAGGGUUGUCUAUGGCGAUGUGAAAAGAGACAUCUCCAAAUGCUGAAUUGGAUUUGAGAUAUUGUAUGGAAUACAGCAUGCCUUAUAGGUUGUAUUUUUCAGGGAAAGGCCAGGGAGAGCUGAGCCCUGCUGUUGAUAGAUCAGUGUGUAUUACGCUUCAGUUUAAAUGCUGUCAAGUUGCCACAGUGCAUCUACCUUGGGUGGUCUAAUGCCACAGGUCACAUUCCUGAACCAGGCUCCAUGGGCGCUGGUGAACCAUUGCACAGGAGGUGUCUUUUUUUAGGUGUCUUUUAGGUGGUCAUAAAAAUGCCUGCUGAUGAGAAGUGUUUAAGGGUGAGAUAUUGACAGCUCUUUUUCCUGGACACCUCAAUAUAUUUUACAGGACAGGGCAAGACUCAUUUCACACUGAGUUUCAUAAAAGGGAGAAAAACACUGGGUGCAUUUCUUGUUUUAGUACUCAUUUCACAUGCAGGACGAAUCACACAGGAUACAUUUUAUGCCUGUGGGUGAUUGAAAGUUUGUCUAAAUUUGGCUUCUGAUUAAAUAGUUUUAGGACUUGCCUUUCAAGGGAAAAUGAUGGGAAAUGUAUUCAGGCACAGAAUUGAAGAGCAUGAUGAGGUUCUGCAAAGCUAUACAAUAUUUAGCUGGGCUUGCGUGAAGUGCUUAUAAGUUAUAUGUAAAUUAUUGUCUGGUUAGUAUUUCAAAUCAGCUGAAGGCAGAUUUUUGGAAUAAUGCAUAGAUUAGUAUUUUUCCACUGCUCCUUCCUGUCUCCAUUCCAUUAAAUGGAAAACCUUUGUUUGAACUUUGAAUAAAUAUCAAGGUCAUUUUA